CGACAAUGCCAUUUUAUGAGAUAGUAUGCAUUGCCGUGCAUUAUCCACAAUACCAACAUAUACAUGGUCUCAUCAAGGCUAGCAUGAAGGCCGUAUUUGACGCUGGGGGAGUAGUUCGUCAAUUAACGUCGGAUGGAACAAAGAUAUUACCGCAGAGGAUAAGGAGCCAUCAAGCAUGGCACAGUUACGGAGACUACUGGACAAUGCGUUUUGAUGCAUCGCCGAAGCUCAUGAAGACCGUCACAUCCUCGCUCACUCAGGAUCCACGGGUAAUCAAGUGGACAGUGAUCAAGCUCGGGACGAAGCUGGAGGAUAUCCUUGAACCGCCAUCGAAGACAGUCCGCUGGAGACCAUAACAAUAGUCCAUAGACAUCUGUAUCACAU